UCCAUCAUCCGUGAAACAGAGGAAUUGACGCGUAGCCAUCAGGGCCCGCUUCCUCGAAACGUUACUACUCCCAUCUUCUUCCCCACGAUAGCCUCAAUCAAAUACUGAACUAUUCACUGUUCAGCCUCCCCAAAUCUGUUCCUUCUUGUGACUUUCAUGGCGUCCGCCACUCGUACCCCGCACUGCCGGCUGCGGUCCCCGAGAUCCGCUACUAGGUCGAGGGGAUCGCAAUCUGGUCCGGUUCAGGUUUCGGUCCCCAAACCCAAAACGACGGCGGAGUCAGAAAGCACCAACAUCGUAUUGCAGCCGCGGUUGAGUAAUUUGAGAGCAUACGGCUCUGAUCGAGUCGGGGUGAUCAAGACUAGGAACGAAGGCGAUGAUGGUGCCGAUGGCGUGUCCCCGUUCUUCGUGACGCUGUCCGACUACAUUGAGAGCUAUAAGAAAAGCCAGGAUUUCGAGAUCAUCUCUGGUCGCCUCGCUAUGAUGGUGUUUGCAGUGACGGUAACAAAAGAAUUAAUGACGGGAAGCUCCGUGUUCGGGAAAAUGGACAUCGAAGGACUAACAGAAGCAGGAGGGGUGUGCUUGGGUGCAGUAGCAUGCGCGGCUCUGUUUGCAUGGUUCUCCAGCGCCCGAACCAGAGUUGGUCGAAUCUUAUCCGUCGGCUGCAACUCCUUCAUCGACUCCGUGAUUGAUCAGAUCGUCGAUGGCUUGUUCUAUGAAAGCGAUUGGUCUGACGAACUCUAAUCCCUUGUAUAUAUACUGCGUCCUACUCCCUUCCCUGUGUUGUGUCUUCGCUUUUCUUGUGUUUGUUAUUUCUGGACACAAGUUGCAGACUGGAGUUAACGUCGAAGAUGGAUGGGAGUAAAUCGGCAAAUAAUAAUGACGCUACGGGAGAAGCUUAGUAAAAAUUAUAUAUCAAACCAAAAUAUUCUAAGUGCCUUUUUUUCUUCCAGUAAAAUUGUAUACCCUCCCUUUCUCCAAAUUAUUAAGCUGCUAGUUGACCGGUUUAGUUUUAA